GGAUUUUCCAAUAUAAAUAGAAAGAAAAUGGAACAACCUCUUAACCAAGAAGGAGGGGUACAGCAAUUCCAGCCUUAUGCCCCAACAGCUAACCCACAUUACCAAGAAUAUGAUCCCAAUGAAAAGCCUCUUGUGCAAGAAGAUGAUGGACUAUCAAAGAAAGUGCAAAUGGGGUACCACUUUGGCAUAGUCAUCUUAGCUCUUAUCAACCUUAUUGCAAUGGGGAUCGCUUACUCAGCAAUGUCCUCUUACAAUAACUCAUUGGUCGACUUUGAGGAUAACUGGAGUCAACUGCCAAUAGUUGAUAUUCAGACUGCAAUUAACGGAUGUCCUGGAGGAUACGAAGAUCUUAUUACAGAUGAAUGGCCGGGAACAUCAAGCGGAUGUGAUUGCAGUUUCUCAUGGGGAUUCCAUCCUUCUCUUCAAAGAGGCAGGUGUGACUACAACGAAACAAGAGAUGGGUGCGUAAACAUUGGUAGCACCUCAGCAAUGCCAUUGAAUAAGUUCUACUCUUAUAAACUGUGUGCUAAGAAAGAAGGAGAUCCAUUUUACAAAUCUGAUCGGCCAACUAAAAAUUUUGGUGAUGUAAAGUGCCCUAAAGGAUAUCAGAUAUGUGGCAAAGGAGAUGCAAAGGACAGAUCAUGAGUCAAGGAAGGUAGUACAUGUCCUGUCACUGAUAUUGUGAUUUCUGAUAGCGCCUCAGGUGUUCCUGAAGGAUACAAAAUACUACAGCUUGAUUCAGGAGUUGUUCUAGGAUUUACCAAUCAAUCUGAAGGCUUGCCAAUCUCAAGACUCAAGAUUACAGAGGGAGAUGUCUGCGCUGACCCUGGAGAAGAAAGCUCUUCUGAGGGUAGGUAUCUAUAUAAGCUCUCAAGAAGAUCUUCUGGUACAUGCUCGAAUACCAUCGCUGGUGAGAAGGUAGAUCCAAGAUACGAUCGAAUUGGCACGGUCAGAGAAGACAGAUUGUACGAGGAUAACGGAGUGAGCUAUGUAACUAAGAAUUUACCAAUGUAUCCUCAUGGUGAUUCAGAAAUGUACUACUGGAACCUCUACACAAAUCCAUUCUACGAAUGGCAUCCUGAUUGUGAUGGAUAUUAUGGGUUAAGCAGGGAAUAUCUUAUUGACCAAGUUGAAGUUUCGGAAAAUCUAUCUGGGUCUCUAAGUACUGUGCUUUUCCUUACUAUCUUCUUCUUUAUUGUAUGUAGCGUCCUUGUUUGUAUUUCUUUAUGCAAUAGAGAUCCAAGGAGCAAAAGCAGUGCAAAUUGGUUGAAAAAAUUUGAAGCGUGUUCUGUUAUUAGCAAGGUGCUAUUCAUCCUGAUCAUAAUUUGGCUUAGCUUUUCAAAUAUCUCAGCAAUUAGCUCAUUUUCAACCACAGUAAACGAGAUUGGAAGAGAAGAUUGUUCAGAUGAUUUCUCGGAUCAAAUUUUCCUCAGUUAUGGAGAAGCAUUAUCAUCAUCAAGCGGAAAGAAUUAUUUUGCAAUCAUCAUGUCAAUCAUAAUCCUCAUCACAUGCGGUGUCUACGCAGGAAUGCUGUUUGGAGGAAAGUUUGAUAACAACUAUAGAUUCUACGGACGCUCUGAAAAGAGCCACUCUUCAGUUGAGAUGUCAAAAGUUAGUAGCUCAUCUUCAUCUUCAUCUUCAUCCUCAUCUUCCUCCUCAUCAAGCAAGAAAUCAAAAAAAUCGAAUAAAUCAAAGAGGUCAAAAAGUUACAGUGAUUAAACAUUCUUUUUAAGAUUUGAUUUCUGAAUAUAAGUGCGAUACUCGUUUUGCUACAAAGAAUUUCUU